UUUUCUGAGAGAAAGAGAGAGAGAGAGAGAGAGCACUGGAGAGAUGUGGUGGCUUGACAGAAAAGGGCCAUCCGGGUUCUCCCCUUCUUCCACAGCAGAGCAAGUAACUGAAGGAAUUGAUGGGACUGGCCUUACCGCCAUUGUUACAGGAGCAUCAAGCGGUAUUGGCUUUGAAACUGCCAGAGUUCUUGCAUUACGAGGUGUCAAUGUAGUUAUGGGAGUUAGGAACAUAGAAGCUGGCAAAGACGUCAAAGGAAUUAUAAUUAAAGAAAGCCCUUCUGCCAAAAUCAAUGCAAUGGAGUUGGACUUAAGUUCUAUGGCAUCCGUAAGGAAAUUCGCGGCGGAUUUCAGUUCCUCCGGUCUUCCAUUGAACAUCCUCAUUAAUAAUGCUGGAGUCAUGGCAACACCGUUUAUGCUUUCCAAAGAUAACAUAGAACUGCAAUUUGCAACAAACCACAUUGGUCAUUUUCUCUUGACAAAUCUUUUGUUGGAGACUAUGAAGAGAACAUCAGUAGAAUGUAAAAAAGAAGGAAGGAUUGUGAAUGUCUCGUCACGCCGUCAUAGAUUCUCCUAUAAAGAAGGGAUUCGCUUUGACAAAAUCAAUGACCAAUCAGGGUAUAACUGUCUGUCUGCUUACGGUCAAUCAAAACUUGCCAAUGUCUUACAUGCUAACGAGCUCGCAAGACGGCUGAACGAAGAAGGUGUGGAGGUCACCGCAAAUUCGCUGCAUCCUGGAGCAAUCGCCACCAAUCUUUUCCGUCACCACAGCUUUGUUAGUGGUCUUGCUGGUUUGCUUGGUAAAUAUUUCAUGAAAAACAUUCAACAGGGUGCUGCAACAACGUGCUAUGUGGCAUUGCAUCCACAAGUGAAAGGGAUGAAUGGCUGCUAUUUUUUGGACAGUAAUGUAGCCGAGGCGAGUUCACAAGCUAAUGAUGCCAAUUUGGCAAGAAAACUCUGGGAUUUUAGCUUGGAUUUGAUUAACAGAUGUUGUCAAUGAUGUUUCAUAGUGUUUUGACUUACAUAAUGGUGGUCAAUAAGUUCACUAACUUGCUGGUUCUUAUCUAUUAAGAAGCAUAUCAAUUAUACAUUAUUUGUCAUCUAAAGUUCAUGCAUAAUGACGAAUGAAAUCUAGGA